CCUGGUCCUGGGGGCUGAUCUGGGGGAGUCAGGGAGACUCGGUCUGUUCUACCGACAUUUACCACCGAAGAAGAAGAAGAAGACCCAGAAAGAGUCCUGGUCCAGAGAGAGAGAGAAGUUUGUUUGUGCUGCAGAGACAUGGAGACCUUCAGCAGGGAGACACAGACGCCCUAACGAGGAGAAGAGAACGAGGCCGAUACACGAGGAACCGUUGGUGAACAGACGGCGUCUCCAUCCUGCGAUGCCAGAGGAAGCUAACAAGGACGCCAUGAGAACGCCAGCGACCCCAGAGAAGUCCAACAACAACGAGGCUCCCGCAGCCCCCCGAGACGGGACGGUGACCAUCCCCCUGGUCAACGAAGUCCAGCUGACCGCGGCCACCGGCGGGGCGGAGCUGUCCUGCUACCGCUGCACCGUCCCGUUCGGCGUGGUGGUCCUCAUCGCCGGGAUCGUGGUCACGGCGGUGGCGUACAGCUUCAACUCUCACGGAUCCACCAUCUCCUACUUUGGCCUGGUGCUCCUCUCGGCCGGGCUGGUGCUCCUGGCGUCCAGCGUCGUCUGCUGGAAGAUCCGGCUGGAGAGGAAGAAGGAGCGGCGGCGGGAGAGCCAGACCGCCCUGGUGGCGAACCAGAGGAGUAUUUUUACUUGACCAGCUGGGCUCUGACUUUUUCAGAUGGAUUUAAGGAACCAGACGCCAGAUCUCAGAGCUUUGAAGACGUUUUAAGGAGUUUAUUUGUCAAACAGACGGCGAGCAUCUGGCGAGCCGGGAACGCGGCCAGAAGGAAUGUUUCACAAUUAAGAUGAAUUACCGCCGCAGCGGCGAGGAGGAAGCGUCCCGUUAAUCUGCUGUGGUUUACAGUGAUUGUAAUGGGAGGGACGGUGGUUAAAGUCCAGGACUGAUUAAUGCCUUAGACUCCUGCAGAAAGACUCACAGGAAGUUCUGAUGAUCCAACUUUAAUGGAAGCAUGGUACUGACGCUGACAGCGCAGGGAGAUCUCAUCAUAUACUCUGUCAGAUUAAACACACAUAAAGGGAAUAUUUAACACUUUAACCCCCCAGCAGCAUCAUAGCAUUAACAUUAUUAUAAUCCAAGUUAAUCUGGCUUUUAGUAAACACAUGAAUCAGGCAGUAACACCAUGUCCAGACUAAUAAAUACUGCAUAAUUACUGCAUAAACACUGUAUAAAUACUGUAUAAAUACUGUAUAAAUACUGCAUAAUUACUGUAUAAUUACUGUAUAAUUACUGUAUAAAUACAUGUACAAAUGUAGAGUAGCUUUGUUUAAUGUCUGCAUGUAAACAGGACGACAUGAGGAUCAAUAAACUCAUUGAUG